AAGCGUCUAUGAAUACGAGUAGGUAGAUCUCGUGGAGUUUCGCGGUAUAAAAUCGGGUUAAGAACGGAAAAAAUCUGAUACUUAUAAUUUGGCGCUCAUUCUAUAUUUAGCUCUUGAAAAUUUACAGUAAACAAACACACAAACAUGUUUAUAACAAUGGAACUACUUUUUGGAGUUUUGAUGGUAACUUUAGCGGUAACCGACUGUCUUUCAGUGGACAAAGAUGAUGUUUUAGUUGUGAAUGUGCAGAGAUUUGAUGGUGACAUGGACAUCUGUAGAGAAGGUGAAGUUUGUGCUGAUGUUUUCAACUUUACACGUGACCAUGGUGACGGGACUGGAAGACUGGAAUCAAGAUUCAUACAAAACUGCAAAUGUCCGCCAGGAACUUUACCAUGUGGACAAACAGGAACCCAGCUUAUGUUUAAAGAAACGAAAACCCAGUCAAUGGUAACUUGCGAGUCAGCGGAGGACUUUGACUACUGCCAGGGAGACGAAAUUGCUAAGGAACAACACAAUUUGGGUUAUUAUGUUUACUACAAGAUCAACUGUCUAUGCCCAAACAACGACAACCCACGUGACUUCCGGAACAAGAUGACAACAGUAAAGCGUUGGAACGAAAUGAGCCCUGAGGAGCGAGAAGUUGCAGAAAGAAACCCAAGGUCAAGAUUCUUCAAAUGUCGGGACACAACUUCACGUGGACAUGGAUUGUUUUGAGAAGAAAAAAAAUAAUUCAAUAUCAAGUAGCUCAAAAAUAUGAGCAUCAAUUCAUUUCCGCUUCAUCUUGGUGACGAACAUUGCUUAUCAGGCUUGAUUUUGUAAGAAAAAAAAACAUGAGAUAAAUUAAACGCUGUUUACAAAACAUUUCAAAGUAAAUACAUUCAAUUCAUUUGUAUUAAUUUCAUUAUUCAAAUAUUAUUACUGACUAUUGUCUUAGAUAAUUGUCCACAUGCCAUAUACAUGUCUUAACACAAAAUAAAACCAUGUCGUACCUUACCUUUUAAUUCUGUAUCAUUCAUUAGAAUUCUUAAAGACAAACCUUAUCGAACUGUCUAAAAUACUUAUAUGAAAUCUCCUUUCGGACUACUUCACUUUUGUUUCCGGUUGAAUAAAAUGAAAAUUAUAUUCUCCUUUAUAUAGAAUAGCAUACAAUGUCAUUAUAUACAGAAACAUCAUCAGUGUUAACAACUGUACAUAAUUAUAUUUGAAUAAACCAUCUGACAGUA